AAUCUUUCAAUAAACUCCACAAUAUAUAUAUAUAUAUAUAUAUUGAUUUUUCUGUCCCAAGGACUGGAGGAUACGUAUCAGUGUCUGUAUGCUUUCAACAAAUCACGCCCCCUUCAUUCAAUCAUUUGCAGUGAAGAUUUUUUACGAAAUCUCAAAUCCAGUAUUCAUAAAUAAUUUUUUUUUAAAAAAAAGCUAAAAGCGCCAUUAACAUCGAGCGGAAGAGGACAUUACUCUCUCUCGCUCUCUCUCUGCUGUUUGAUUUCUUUUUCUCAUUUGAGGCAUUUCUUUUUCAAAAAUCUUUCUUUUUUUCUAACAACCCUCUCUUUGAAUCUAAGUUUUCCAUCUGGGUCUCUUUUAACUUGAGCUCUCUCCAUUUUCUCUGUGUGCUCAUCCUAGUGAUUUGCUCGUGCAUAGUGGUGCAAUCAUGGGGGUUUAACCUUGAUGUUUUUUUCUUUCUUGUUAUCCUCUUUCUUAUAAAAUUUUGUAGUUAACCUUUCUUUUUCUUCUUUGUUGAUGAACCAACCAUUUCACUAGGUCGAAGUAAAAGUGCUUCGAACUUUAGGUGGUUGUAUUUCUCGAUAAACCUAUAUGAUGACUUCUGCUCGGUGAAUUGUUGCUAGUUGUUUUUCCUAUUUUUUCCCCUUUUGUUUUUGUUUAUGCAAUUUGCUUCUGUAGUGAUGGGUUGGUGAUUUUUCUGGGCUCGAGUCUCUGCAAACUCAUUUAUGUUCUUGAGUUAAAGGCUUGGCUCUGGAGUGUGGAGAGUGUCAGGGGAUGAGAUCUUUUUCUUUGUUUCAGCUUCUAUGGGCUGCUUCUGGCAUCCUUUUCUCGGCCUGCAACUCCUUUCCAUCAAAUGAAGUUGGGGCUCUAACAUCUUUCAAAGAAGGUAUAGAUGAAGACCCAUUUCUGGUCUUCUCAAGCUGGAAUACCCCGGAUGCAGAUCCCUGUGACUGGUUUGGCAUUUCCUGCUCUAUGGCUAAGGACCACGUUAUAAAGCUAAAUAUUUCUGGGUCAUCUUUGAGGGGGUUCAUUGCACCACAAUUGGGUCAACUCUCUCGCUUGCAAGAACUAGUUCUGCAUGGGAACAAUCUAAUUGGGAUUCUACCCAAAGAAAUUGGUAUGUUGAAAAGCCUCCAGGUGUUGGAUUUGGGGAUGAAUCAAUUAACAGGUCCAAUUCCUCCUGAGAUUGGGAAUUUGACCAGCAUUAAAAAAAUAAACCUUCAGUCGAAUGGAUUGAUUGGAAACUUGCCUGCUGAGAUUGGCAAUUUGAAAUACCUUGAAGAACUUCGACUGGACAGGAAUAGGCUUCGAGGAACUGUUCCUGGUAGCAACAGUUCAAGUUUUCCAUCUGAUAUGCAUGGAAUGUAUAUAUCACGUGGGAAUACUACUGGCCUGUGUCGUUCAUCGCAGUUAAAAUUUGCAGAUUUCUCAUACAACUUCUUUGUCGGGAGCAUACCCAACUGCUUGGGGCAUCUUCCUAGGUCAAGCUUUCAAGGGAAUUGCCUCAAAGAAAAAGAGCCCAAACAGCGUGUUGGUGCACUAUGCGGUAAAUGUGACAAUUUUCCUUGUGCCAUUCCACCUGGAAAAAGCCAUCCUGUUGUCCACCCAAAACAUGAGCAUGCUACAGAUGGAUACAAACACCGGGGGGCAUCAAAACCUGCCUGGCUUUUAGCUUUGGAGAUUGUGACAGGAACCAUGGUUGGUUCUCUCUUCCUUGUUGCUCUUUUCACCACUCUUCAGAAAUGCAAAAGUAGAUCGUCUAUCAUUAUUCCCUGGAAGAAAUCAGGAAGUGAGAAGGAGCAUCUAACAAUUUAUGUAGAUCCAGAUAUGUUGAAGGAUGUAAUGCGAUUUACCAGACAAGAGCUUGAAGUAGCAUGUGAAGAUUUCAGCAACAUUAUUGGCUCCUCUCCUGAUAGUUUGGUCUACAAAGGCACACUGAAAGGUGGGCCCGAGAUUGCUGUGAUAUCCCUUUGCAUCAAGGAAGAGCAUUGGACAGGCUAUCUCGAACUCUAUUUUCAGAAGGAGGUUGCAGACUUGGCAAGAUUAAAUCAUGAGAAUACUGGAAAAUUAUUGGGCUAUUGUAGAGAGAGUACUCCUUUUACAAGGAUGCUGGUUUUUGAAUAUGCAUCAAAUGGAACUCUGUAUGAGCACCUUCAUUAUGGAGAUGGAUGCCAAUUUUCUUGGACACGACGCAUGAACAUUGUUAUAGGGAUUGCUCGUGGACUAAAAUAUCUUCACACAGAACUUGAGCCAGUAUUCACCAUAUCUGAGUUAAAUUCGAGUGCUGUUUAUCUUACGGAAGAUUUUUCUCCGAAGCUAGUUGAUUUUGAAAGUUGGAAGACAAUUCUUGCGAGAUCAGAGAAGAACUCGGAUUCCAUUGGUAGCAAGGGUGCUAUUUGUGUUCUCCCGAAUUCUCUAGAGAGACGUCACCUAGAUGUUGAAGGCAAUAUUUUCGCAUUUGGUGUACUUUUACUUGAAAUAGUCAGUGGGAGACCUCCAUACUGCAAAGAGAAGGGUUGCUUGGUAGAUUGGGCCAAGGAAUUUCUUACGGUGCCUGAAACAAUGUCUUAUGUGGUGGAUCCUGAGUUGAGACAUUUUAGAUACGAGGACUUGCAAGUUAUUUGUGAAGUGGUAAAUUUAUGCAUUGAUCCAGACCCCACGAAGCGGCCAUCGAUGCAGGACUUGUGCGCCGUGUUAGAGAGCAGCAUUGACACGUCUGCAUCUUCCGAGCUCAAGGCAUCUUCUUUGGCAUGGGCUGAGCUAGCCCUUUCUUCAUAAUUGAGUUAAAUCUAACACUGCUAAUGAGAAUAUACAAAAUUGUAAUGCCCCCCUCUCAAUUUUUCGUGUUACUUGUAAAUGUUUGCAUGCUGAAUGAAACAUAGAGCUUCAUGGAUGACAAAUUUUUCUCGUUUGUAAACCAAUGGUUGAUUAGUAAAGUUCUAAAAUUAUUUCA